AUGGAAAAGUGGUUGAAAUGGAUAGCAAAAACUACGUCGCCACCGCCGGUUGAUUGUGAUGAAAAGACAGAAGAUGUUCUUAUAAAUGACAAAAGUGGCACUGAGGCUGACUUCCAAGCUCCCUCAACGAGUUCGCAUGAAUCCAAACGACGGAAAGUUGUAGGAAAAUAUGACCCUGAAUAUCUAAAACUAGGAUUCACUUGGAAUCAUGAUACGAUAGAUCUGCGUCCUCAAUGCGUGAUUUGCUACGAAAUAUUAGCGAACGAAAGUAUGCUCCCAAGUAAGUUGACGCGUCAUAUAGAAAUGAAGCAUUCCCAUUUUACGAAUAAGCCAGUAGAUUUUUUUCAAAGAAAAUUGUUGGAUAUGAAAUCUUCAAAAAAUAUUGUUUCACAUUUCAUUAAUAUUAAUGAAAAUGCUGUAUAUGCCUCGUACCUCAUUAGCUUAAGGAUCGCCAGAGCAGGAAAGCCUCAUACCAUUGGCAAAGAUUUAGUGUUACCAUCGAUUAAAGAUGCUGUUGGAGCGAUGUUUGGAGAAAAAACUGUUGCACGACGAAUCGACGAAAUGACUGAAUGGGCAGAGGACGAAUUAAUCCGGAGGGUAUUUUGUAGUAAAUAUUAUACGUUACAACUAGAUGAGUCUACUGACGUGCAAGGCCUAUUUCAACUACUUGUUUUUGUGCGUUAUAUAUGGCAAAACAACGAGCAUGAAGAUAUCUUGUUCUGCAAGUCAAUUAGUCGUGGAACGGCCGAGGAAAUUUUCAAUGUAAUUGAUUCCUAUAUAAAAGAGAAAGGUUUACAGUGGAAGAACUGCUUCGGUAUAUGCACUGACGGUGCGCGGGCUAUGUGCGGGAAAAAUAGCAGUGUUGUUACAAGAGUUCUUAAACAAAGCCCCUGUGCUUUGUGGACACACUGUAGCCUUCACAGAGAAGCACUGGUUUCAAAAGCAUUACCCAAUGAUUUCAAAACAGUACUAAAUACAGCUGUGAAAAUUGUAAAUUAUAUUAAAACAAAACCCUUACAAGCACGUUUAUUUCAAAAGCUGUGUGAAGAAAUGGGUAGUCUUCAUACAUCUCUUCUUCUGCAUACGGAGGUACGUUGGUUAUCCAGGGGGAAAGUACUGACACGAUUAGUGGAAUUACGCAAUGAAGUUACAAUUUACUUGGAAGGAAAAACUGAAUAUAUUGAAUCUAUACUGCACAAAAAAUUCAUUCUCAAGCUCACAUACUUGGAGGAUAUUUUUUUGAAAUUAAACGAAUUCAAUUUGAUUUUGCAAGGUUCAAGCGAAUCAGACAUUUUUGUAGUUCACGAUAGAAUUCGAGAUGGCAAGUAUGAUUGUUUUGAAACUCUUGAAACUUUUAUUAUAGAAAACCAAGUGCAGCCAAAGACGAACGUACUGUCUGCAAUUUCCACUCAUUUGUCAUUGUUAAAAAAUAACUUUGAUGCCUAUUUCGGGGAAGAGAUGAAAAAGCUCGACUCGUUGAAUUGGAUUUGUAACCCAUUUCAAGACCGCCUACCAAGUAGUAUGUCAACAAAAGCAAGUGAAGAACUCAUUGAUUUAUCAGAAGAUACGAGUAUGUCACUGAAAAAUAGUUUAAAUCGCAAGCAGUUAACGAAAUUCUGGCUCUCAGUUGCUGGGAACUAUCCUUGCCUGUUUGAUGAAGCUCUAAAAGUCCUCCUACCCUUCAGUACCUCAUAUCUAUGUGAGGUCGGAUUUUCGGCUAUGAUCAGCAUUAAAACUAAAUACCGAAAUAAAUUGGACGUAUCAAACUCACUGCGAUUUAAAGUAACUAAAAUUGAAGUUGAUGCUAAAGCUGUAAUGACAAAAAAUAGGAAACAAAUACACCUUUUAAUUGAAAUAACAGUCCUUGUAGGUAUUUAA